AUGGGCUUCCUCUACUCUCAAUUCUGUGUUCGACCUCCCUACCCCGAACAUUCCUUCGCCGACCAAACUGUCCUCAUCACCGGUGCCAAUGUUGGACUAGGAUUUGAAGCAGCUCGUCAUGUGGUGCGCUUAGGCGCUUCGCGUGUCAUCCUCGCAGUGCGCAAUGUCCCCGCUGGUGAAGAAGCCAAGCAGGAGAUCGAGACAUCCACCGGCCGUUCAGGCGUCUGUGAAGUCUGGGAGGUUGACCUAGCAUCCAAUAAAUCAGUUCUGGCGUUUGGGGAUCGUGUUGCGCAGUUGCCUCGACUGGAUGCCGCUCUACUGAAUGCCGGAGUAGCAACUCUCAACUACGCAAAGGCAGAAGGAUUGGAGCGUUCCAUCACCGUGAAUGUUGUCAAUACCUUACUACUAUCACUGCUGGUUCUCCCGAUCCUCAGGAAAACAGGCCAGAAAGUACCAGGGAGUCAGCCCCGGCUCAGCUUUGUGGUCAGUGAAGUCCACGCCUGGGUCUCGCUUCCUGAGUGGAAGGCCGACCAUAUCCUGGACACACUCUCUGAGGAGUCCAAGGCCAAAAUGGACGAGCGAUACCGACUAUCUAAGCUCCUCGAGGUUCUUGUUGUGCAGGAGCUUGCUGGGCGGGUGCGAGGAUCAGAGGUGAUCAUCAAUAUGAUUAACCCGGGUCUCUGCCACUCCUCUCUAGGACGCGAGGCAGGCGGUGCAGCCCAGGUUAUACGGCUCUUGCUCGCACGAACAACAGAGAUUGGAUCACGUACCCUAGUGGCGGGGAUCACGGCCGGACUCGAGAGCCACGGUGCCUACAUGACCGACGGUCAUGUUGAGAACACCGCAUUAUCACCCUGGGUGCGCAGUGAUGAGGGGCGACAGGCCCGCUUGAAGCUGUGGAAGGAAGUUGCGGCAAUUCUCGAGGGUGUGCGUCCUGGCAUCAUGCAGAAUGCCGUCUAA